CUGAACACUAACCCCCUCCCUGCUUCCCAAAUCUUGAAUGAGCCCAAAUUCUUGAAUUUUAACUAGAUUAUUACAAACUCGAGAAUCUGGGAUGCUAAAACCCCUUGAACUAUCCAAUCCAAUCCAAUCCAAUUUCCUGAUUCAUGGAAACGAAAUCAUCAAUCACCCCCACCUCUCUGAUUUUAGGGCUUAUAUUAACCUUCUAUUCGCUUCUUGUUGAAUCACAACCACUAAAUGGCCGUUCAUCAGCCCCAUUGAUGUCCCCUCCACCACCUCCUCCACCACCACCACCACCUCCCCCUCCUCCUCCUCCUCCUCCUCCACCACCAUCACCGUCACUACCUCCUCCAUCACUAUCACGAUCAUCGCCACCUCCACCUCCACCGAGAAAGAAGCUGCAGUUACCCCCGCCACCGAGGCAUAGAUUGACCGUAAAUGAGAAUAGAAGGAGAAGAAAACCACCACCACCAAUGAAGAAUAACAACAUGAACGCAGGGAAAGCGAUUGGGUUACUGUUUGUGGGCAUUGCUGCAAUCUUGCAGAUUGGUGUUGUUUGGUUCUUGGUUUACAAAAGAAGGCAGCUUUAGAAGAUCAAAGAUAGAUAUGAAAAUUGCUCUUCUUGAUUCCUUUUCAGUGGUAUCAAUUUUAUGCAAUGGAUUCUUUGGAAGGUGGUUUAUUGGAUUGAUUCUUUGGUGGAUGCAAAAUUACUGGAUUGAUGGAUAUAGCAUUCAA